CAAUCAGCGUUGAGCUCCGUCUGCCGCAGCUUUUCAGAGCUCCAGAAGAAACCAGACAGCGGACGUCCUGAUAGCAGCUGACCGUCAAACAUGCCUGAUGUUCGGCCUGCCGCUCCGGAGGUUUCCCGGAAGAGGGGCGCGGAGCCCAGGGCUGAUCCUGAGCUGCUGCCCGAGAGGAAGAAGGCCUGCUGGGGGAUCCUGACCAGCCAAGGCUCCUGGGCCGACCGCUCUCCUCUCCAUGAAGCGGCGUCUCAGGGUCGACUCCUCGCCCUGCGGACCCUGCUAGCCCAGGGAUAUCACGCCAACAUCACCACCAUCGACCACGUGUCUCCUCUGCAUGAAGCCUGUUUAUCCGGACAUGUGGCGUGUGUCAGAGCGCUGCUCAACGCCGGAGCCAACGUGAACGCGGCGACUAUCGAUGGCGUGACCCCUCUCUAUAACUGCUGUACGUCAGGGAGCGUUGGCUGCCUGGAGCUGCUGUUGCAGAACGGAGCGCUCACUCACACCGCCCUCUCUCACCUCCCCUCAGCCCUGCAUGAAGCCUGCAAGAGAGGUAACAGUCACUGUGUGGAGGUGCUGCUGUCCCAUGGAGCUGACCCUGACCAGGUGUCUAAUCUGGGCUCACCUCUCUACAUGAGCUGUUUACACCAACACACAGAGUGCUCCAGGAUUCUGCUGCACACAGGCGCGGGGGUCAACGCGGGUCGUGGAGCAGACAGUCCCCUCCACGCCGCGGUCAGAGCAGACUCACCUGAUCAGGUGUCUCUGCUGCUAGAGUUCGGCGCAGACGUCAACAUAAGAGACGAAAACAAGCAGCGUGCCGUGGAGCUGGCUCCCCCUGGUGGUCAGACACAGAGGAUCCUGCAGAGCUUUGAAGCGUCUCCGAGGUCUCUCUGUCAGCUGUGUCGUCUGCAGAUCAGGACUCUGAUUGGUCGAUCCAGACUGAAGUUCCUCCCCGCACUCCCUCUGCCCCCACUGCUCACUGAUUACCUGGAUUACACGUAGGAGGCAGGGCUUAGCUGCAGAGUGACGCCCAUCUCAUCCUUGACAACUUAAAUCAAACGUGUAAACAUAUCACCAUGGCAACACUGUAUUACAUCAUCGUGACACCACAGGACACUAUUGCGUCUGUUUUAACGUUUGACAUCACUUCCUGUUUACCUGUGUUCAGCUGACCUCUGACCUCAUCCUGUCAUUGUGAACACCUGAUUUAUUUUCAUAUGGAUGCCUGUUUGUGUAAAUAAUCAAUAAUCAAUAAAUAAUGAUGCAAUG